CAUUCAUUAAAAUAUUUUGAAUCUAAAAUAUUCAUUACAUUUUAAUGGAAAAAACUUUUCUAACUUAAUAUUCUUACUUAGUAUUAUCUUAUCUAAAAAUUGUUAGUCGGAUAAACCACAUCCGUUAUCCACACAUUGGAAUAUUAGAUACUAAAAUUCUUACUUAUUAAAUGCAGUCAGUUCAGUAAAAUACGCCUUCCAUAAAAGUGCAAAGUUUUUCUUUAAUGUUACAGAUGCAUUACUUUAUAUUAAUUAAUUUAUCGUGUCUAAUAUUUGGACAUGUUAAUACGUUAUCGUGGUAUGAACAAGUGCAUGGACAUAAUAUAUCUCAUGAAAGACCUGAUCACACACAUUGUGAAUGCGGAAAAAAAAAUAUAUUUUUAUCGUCCAGAAUAAUUGGAGGACGAGAAGUUUUUGAAAAUGAAUUUCCUUGGAUGGCUGGUAUUAUAAGCGUCAAUAGGUCACGAAUAAUCUGUGGUGCAUCAAUUAUAAACGAUCGUUAUGUAAUAACAGCAGCCCAUUGUACUGUUUAUGGUUUCAGCAUGAAUGAUAUGAAAGUAUCGGUUGGUGUUCAUAAUUCGUGCAAAUGGGAUGCAAGAAAUAUAAUCUUUUCUGUUGAGGACACUUUUCCACAUCCAAAUUAUAAUAGAGAAACACAUUUCGCCGAUAUCAUGCUAGUCAAAUUGGUUAUGAGUAUUACCUUUAAUAAAUUUGUCAGACCAAUUUGCUUACCAAAAUUUGGAUUUGAUGCGGUAGUUCGAUAUGGAGGACAGUCCGUAUCUGCACUUGGCUGGGGAUUCUCAGAAAACCAUUUUUUAUUUAAUAAGGAAUGUGGUUUGCGUAUUGUAGAUUUAACAUUGUUUAAGCGAUCGGAAUGUCCUACUGAUGUCUCAACUUUAUUAUGUGAGGCAUGCGCGCAAAUACACCGCCUACAUCUACAAGUAAAUCCAGAUUGCGAAUGUGGAGAAUCAGGAGGGAUAUCAAAUCGUAUUGUCGGCGGAAAAAUAACGAUUCCGCAUAUAUUUCCUUGGGUCGUAGCAAUUUUUUACAAAAAUAAGCUUCAUUGUGGAGGCACAUUAAUUAAUAACCAAUACGUAUUAACAGCUGGACAUUGCAUUAGAUGGGUAGAUUAUGCCGAUCUUUCAGUCGGCUUAGGUAUGCACGAUAUCAAAAAUCCAAACGAGGGAUACAUAGCUGAAAUUGAUGAAAUAAUUUUACAUGAAGAUUUUGAGAGUGAUGAGCUUCAUGAUGUAAAUGAUAUUGCCUUGAUACGACUGCAGCAUCCAGUCGAAAUCGACGAAAAUGUAAAACCUGCAUGUCUUCCUCAUAAAGAUUCUGAUUACACGGGAAAAUAUGUUAAAGUUACUGGAUGGGGACGUGUGCAUAUAAGAGGGGAACCUUCCCAAUUUUUGCGUCAAGCCACCUUGAAAGUAAUGUCUUUUGAAGUAUGUAAAAAUACUUCAUUUGGAGAGCAUCUCACAGAAUCGAUGAUGUGUGCUUAUAAUGAUAAUACUGAUGCAUGUCAGGGUGACAGUGGCGGACCUCUUCUAAACCAAAGAGCGGAUGGAAAAUAUGAAAUAAUCGGUAUAGUUUCGUGGGGUGUCGGUUGUGCUGAUCCUGGAAUUCCAGGAGUAUAUGUAAAAAAUACAGAUUAUCUAAACUGGAUUAAAUAUCACAGCAGAGACGGUAUUUAUUGCGUAGAUAGAUAAACUUCAUGUAACAAAUACAUGUAACAAUAGAAAAGAAUAAAUGUAAAUUUAACAUUAAACUAUAAACAGCUUCAAUAA